AUGCUCACCGCCGUGGUCCUCGCCAACGGCAACGAUGGCGACAACUUGUACCCUCUCACGGAGGACAUGCCGCUCGCCGCGCUCCCCGUCGGCAACCGGCCGCUCCUCUCUUACCAGCUCGAGAUGCUGCAGCGCGCGGGCAGCUUCGGAGAGGUGCUGGUGGUGACCAACGACCGGCACCUCUCCCGGCUCGAGGCUGUGGUGAGCGAGUACCGCGGGCCUCUCCGCAUCGAGCUGGUGGUCGUCGAGGAGGGCGCGGGCAGCGCCGACGCGCUGCGCACGCUGAGGGGCCGCGGCCGGCUGGCGGGCGAUUUCGCGCUCAUCUCUGGCGACACAAUCUCGGACGUGCCGUUCCAGAAGAUCGCGGCGAUGCACCAGCUGCACGGCGCCUCCGUCACCGUGCUCCUCAAGCAGCAGCCGCCGCGGCCUGCCGCCGACAAGAAGAAGGCGCGCGACCUGGACGGGACGGACUUUGUUGGCAUCGACGAGUCGCGGCAGCGGCUGCUGUACCUCGAGUCGGCGGCCGACUGCGACGGGGGCGUCAUCACGGUGCACAGCGACCUCGCCGACCCGCACGUCUACCUCUUUGCGCAUUGGGUGCUCGACCACAAGCCGCACUUCUCGUCUGCAAAGUUCGAGCUCCUCCCCUACCUCGUGAAGAAGUCGGCGGUGGGGCCGCACUGCCGGCUCGGCGCGGGCGUGCGGCUGACCAACUGCGUGCUGAUGGAGGGGGUGGUGGUACACGACAAGGUGCACGAGGGCGCGACGCUCAAAGACGUGCAGGUGGGGAGCAAUGUGAGCGUCGAGGCAGGCGCGAACGUGAAGAGCGAGGCGCUCACCGCCGAGGCGCCUUUGAAUGAGCACGAGCCGGUGCGCGACGCGGCGCGGGUGAUGCAGCCCAAGGUGACGGCGACGGCGGAGGGGUCGGCGGCGGAGGGGGAGGCGGCAGCGGCGGCGAUGGCCGCGGGGUCGGCCCGCCCGCCUUUGCUGCUGGUGCUGUGGGAUGUCAGUCAUCUGCCACCACUCGCCAGCGACAAGGUUGCCGGGUCCAUGGACGCAGACUUGCUGGAAAUUGAAGAGGUGCUCGGCGUGCGUUACUGCGAUCCGAGCCAGAUGACUGCGGUGGCGCUGAGGAACCCUGUCGAUGAAGACGACGACCGCUUGGAGUACCUCGUCUCUGGUUCGGCAGGUCCCGACGACCGUGGCUUCCAUUCUGUCGAUUGGUUUUUUCACGGCGACUUGCUGGACCAUGCAGGUGCGGACACGGUCAAGGCAGCGAUACAAGAGUAUUAG